AUGGCUCGGGAUAUGUCAGAUAAGGAAAUUUUGAAAAUGGAGCUGGAACAAUUGAAGAAGGAAGUUAACACGCCUAGGACUCCAGUGAGUGCAAACUGCGCAGACACGAUUGCUUUUGUUGAGGGACUGCUGCCAAAUGAUCCGCUGAUUAAGGGCGUUCCAGAUGACAAGAACCCCUACAAGGGAGACAAGGGAGGCUGCAUAAUAACAUAG